AUUCGCACUUUCGGACUCGUGGACUUUCGGACUGGGACUCGCAGGAUUGCAGGCAGCGAGAGCACUCGCAGUCGUUUGUGAGCGUUCGCAGCGCCAGCAAAGUGUUAAACGAAUAGCCAACAAAGCAAAUACAAUUAACCACAACUGGAAGCACUUCAGCCCAGCCGCAGGAGCAGCUAAGUUCACACCAAACUCUCGGAGAUUCCCCGCCAGGAGACAGGACAAGGAGUCAAGGAGUCAAGCAGCCAAGCAGCCAAGCAGCUGAAAGGAGUGCGAACAAUGUGCGCCGCGCUGCGUCGUAAUUUGUUGCUGAGGAGCCUCUGGGUCGUCCUGGCCAUUGGCACCGCUCAGGUUCAGGCCGCCUCGCCGCGAUGGGAGCCCCAGAUUGCCGUUCUCUGUGAGGCCGGGCAAAUCUACCAGCCGCAAUACCUUUCCGAGGAGGGACGCUGGGUGACGGACCUCAGCAAGAAGACAACCGGGCCCACAUGUUUGCGUGAUAAAAUGGAUUUGCUCGAUUACUGCAAGAAGGCCUACCCCAACCGAGACAUAACCAACAUCGUGGAGUCAUCCCACUACCAGAAGAUCGGCGGCUGGUGUCGCCAGGGGGCUCUGAAUGCGGCCAAGUGCAAGGGAUCCCACCGCUGGAUCAAGCCAUUCCGCUGUCUCGAAGGACCAUUCCAAUCGGACGCCCUGCUGGUUCCCGAGGGCUGCCUGUUCGACCACAUCCACAACGCCUCCCGAUGCUGGCCAUUUGUGAGGUGGAACCAGACCGGAGCAGCCGCUUGCCAGGAGCGCGGCAUGCAGAUGCGCAGCUUCGCCAUGCUCCUGCCCUGCGGCAUCUCGGUCUUCUCCGGCGUGGAGUUCGUCUGCUGUCCCAAGCACUUCAAGACCGAUGAAAUCCAUGUAAAGAAGACCGACUUGCCGGUGAUGCCGGCGGCUCAGAUCAACACCGCCAACGACGAGCUGGUAAUGAAUGACGAAGACGACAGCAACGACUCGAACUACUCCAAGGAUGCCAACGAGGACGAUCUGGACGAUGAGGAUGACUUGAUGGGUGAUGACGAGGAGGACGACAUGGUAGCGGAUGAGGCAGCAACCGCAGGCGGGAGCCCCAGCACCGGAUCCUCCGGCGACUCGAACAGCGGAUCUCUGGACGACAUAAACGCGGAGUACGACAGCGGCGAGGAGGGCGACAACUACGAGGAGGACGGUGCUGGUUCCGAGAGCGAGGCUGAGGUCGAGGCCUCCUGGGAUCAGAGCGGAGGAGCCAAGGUCGUGUCCCUGAAGGGCGAUGCCUCGUCCUCGUCCUCGUCGUCGUCCCCGUCCAGCGCUCCGGCUGCUCCCGCCGCCGAGAAGGCACCCAUGAAGUCCGAAUCGGUCACGAGCACCCCUCAGCUCUCCGCUUCUGCAGCCGCCUUUGUAGCUGCCAACUCUGGAAACUCGGGAGUAGGAGCUGGAGCUGGAGCAGGAGCUGGAGCCCCACCAUCCACCGCCCAACCCACUUCGGACCCCUACUUCACCCACUUCGAUCCGCACUACGAGCACCAGAGCUACAAAGUAAGUCAGAAAGAAGCCCAACAGCGCCUUGAGGAAUCGCACCGCGAGAAGGUCACGCGCGUGAUGAAGGACUGGUCCGAUCUCGAGGAGAAGUACCAGGACAUGCGCCUAGCGGACCCCAAGGCAGCCCAGUCCUUUAAGCAGCGGAUGACGGCUCGCUUCCAGACUUCUGUUCAGGCACUCGAGGAAGAAGGCAACGCCGAGAAGCACCAGCUGGCCGCCAUGCACCAGCAGCGCGUGUUGGCCCACAUCAACCAGCGGAAGCGCGAGGCCAUGACCUGCUACACCCAGGCCCUCACUGAGCAGCCCCCGAAUGCCCACCACGUCGAGAAGUGUCUGCAGAAGCUUCUGCGCGCCCUGCACAAGGACCGCGCCCACGCCCUGGCCCACUACCGGCACCUGUUGAACUCCGGAGGACCUGGUGGCCUGGAAGCAGCCGCUUCGGAGCGUCCACGCACGCUGGAGCGCCUCAUCGACAUCGAUCGUGCCGUCAACCAGUCGAUGACCAUGCUCAAGCGCUACCCAGAGCUGUCGGCCAAGAUUGCCCAGCUGAUGAAUGACUACAUCCUGGCACUGCGCAGCAAGGACGACAUUCCCGGCUCCUCGCUGGGGAUGAGCGAGGAGGCGGAGGCCGGCAUUCUGGACAAGUACCGCGUCGAGAUCGAGCGCAAGGUGGCCGAGAAGGAGCGACUGCGGCUGGCGGAGAAGCAGCGCAAGGAGCAGCGGGCCGCCGAGCGGGAAAAACUGCGCGAGGAGAAGCUGCGCCUGGAGGCCAAGAAGGUGGACGACAUGCUCAAGUCCCAGGUGGCCGAGCAGCAGUCCCAGUCGACCCAGUCGUCCACCCAGUCGCAGGCGCAGCAGCAGCAGCAACAGCAGCAGCAGGAAAAGAGCCUCGCCGGCAAGGAGCUGGUAGGCGGCGACGGAGCUCUGGUCACAGCGGCCAAUCCCAACCUGGAGACCACCAAGAGCGAGAAGGAGCUGUCGGACACUGAGUACGGCGAGGCAACAGUGAGCAGCACCAAGGUGCAGACCGUGCUGCCCACGGUCGACGACGAUGCCGUCCAGCGGGCGGUGGAGGACGUGGCCGCCGCCGUUGCCCACCAGGAGGCCGAGCCGCAGGUGCAGCACUUCAUGACCCACGACCUGGGCCACCGCGAAUCGAGCUUCUCGCUGCGCCGCGAGUUCGCGCAACAUGCGCACGCGGCCAAGGAGGGCCGCAACGUCUACUUCACGCUCUCCUUCGCCGGCAUCGCCCUGAUGGCGGCCGUUUUCGUGGGCGUGGCCGUGGCCAAGUGGCGAACAUCGCGCUCGCCGCACGCCCAGGGCUUCAUCGAGGUCGACCAGGUGGGUUGUCAGAACGUCACAACACACCAUCCCAUCGUGCGCGAGGAGAAGAUCGUGCCCAACAUGCAGAUCAAUGGGUACGAGAAUCCGACCUACAAGUAUUUCGAAGUGAAAGAGUAAGCGAGAUGGCGGAGCGAGCGAGUGGCACACAUCAACAACAACAACAGCAACAACAGCAAAUGCAAAUGCAAAAGCAAAAGCAACAGAAACAGCAACUGCAGCCACCGCGAUUUCAAAAUGGAAAACUUAAGCGUAAUAUUAAAGCAGAUGGGAGAGGAGAAAUGAUUUUUUUUUUUCGUCAAAAGGAGCGCAGUUUCAAUAAGCAAGAAUGGAAGGGUAGAAGAAGAAAGAUAAAUUCAAUAAAUGGUAAUAUAUCUAUAUAUUAAAUUAAAGCAAGCAAGCAAGCAAGCAGAAAGGCAACAAUAUAAAGCAAGCAAUUAAAUUUAAGUAUUUGAAUGUUUAACAAAACGCCGUAAACAUCCUUUCCAGCUCUCUCUCCCUCUCUCUCUUUCUCUUCCCCUGUCUCUGUCUCUGUCCCAUCACCACGCCCAUACACACACAGAAGGCACACACACACACAAUCACAGACACCUCCCAAGUAAGGAUCAGAGGGGAGCAGGAGAGGGGAGGGGAGGAAGGAGAGGAGAGGAGCGGAAGAAGAGCAAAACAAAAGAUAUUCCUAGUAAAUAAAUUGUCAACACACACACACACACACACCCACUCACAUUCCAACACCGACUCACCAACAGACACAGACACAGGCACACACAUACCAAGACACAUCGCAUUCAUGCCUGCUUCGUAGCAUACUUUUGAGCGUUGCUUGCAAGCCGAUCGCAGUUCUUACCAAAAACCUACGCCAUUAAUUAGAGCGGCAGCAGGAGCUAGAAGGGAAAAGCAGGAGGCAAGAACACCCACACCCACACACACACACAGAUACAGAAUCUCACACACCGAGACACUUGUGAACCCAAGAGCUACCUACGCGUACUAAUCCCUAUACGAUCGUGCAUUUGUCGAACUUUCUCUCUCUGUAAGCCACACACACACUCACUCACCAGAGAAGGAAGCACACAAAUCACGCCCACACAAGUUAGACACACACACACCCACACACACACACUCACACACAUACACGCAAAAUAUAUACAAAAUAUUUACAGCAAAGCCAGAAGAAAUGUCCAUAAAUGUAUUUAUGUAUCUAUACACGAGCCACACAAACCAAAGGUAAAAGGUCAAAGGUCGCAGGUCGAAGGUCAGCCAGCUAGGGAAGAACGACGACGCUUGGCGGGCUUUGAAUAUAAUAUACGAAUCAGCUAUGUAACAGAAACAGAAACAGAAACAAUGCAAAACGCUAAGCUAAUUGCAGACAGAAACAAAGAAACAAAACAAAAAGAAAAAGAAAGGCAAAAACCAAAUAUUAAAACGAAAAGCGAACAAAUUUUAGAACUUUUUCUGCAUAUUUUGUGUGUAAGUCGAUGGUCGAACAGAAACAAGAACAAAAAGGAUUUCUCUCUUUUUUACGUACAUUUUCACCGAAAAGACAGCACAAAACAAGACAGCAGUCACACCCACACACACACAGCACACACACACACACACACACACUGAACGGAGCCCUUGAGCCAAGUUGAGUUCAAUUGAGUUAAAUUGAGUUGAGUUGAGUUGUUGCAUUUCAUAUCGAACGCUUCGCAAGAGUUGCAUAAUUGCAAUUGCCUCUAAAGCAAAAAACUGGCGCAGCAAGAAGAGAUAAGCGGACUCGGCGAACCGGAGGCGGAAUCGCGAAAUCCAGGGAGACGGCACCGGCACCAACACCGGCACCACCUAGAGUGGCUAGUGGAGAGUGGAGGCUCCGAAGACCCGAGGCCCCGAGUUGUAGAGGCGCAGAGGCGCAGAGAUAAACCAAUUCGAAGCGGCUAGUUCAUUUCACGGCUCGAUUGCUUGGCAAAUAUUUGGCCUGUUUUGUUCGAGCAGCGAGAUACUGUUACUCAAUCAAGCCAAAUAAUCGAAAUGCUUUCCCCGCCGAAAGCCGACAAGUGGCUGCCCUUCUCAGUCGCAUUCCCUUUGCGAUCUGCGUUCAAUUUCCAUUGCGACUGAUGCACUGAUCCACUGAUGCUGGGGUGCCAUUUUCUUGGUGCGAUUCACUUGGUGUCUCACUCACUUCGGCUGACAGGAAGUGCGGAAGUUUCGGGGGAAACAGGAGCUCAGCCGAAAUAGGAACUCAGAUUAAAGCUGGGAUGUUACUAAAUCAAAACUGCGGCGAUUUCACCGGAAUUAUCAGGAAGAAAGCUCAGAUUUAAGUAGACAUUUGUGGCAUUUACGAGUUUCGUUUAUUCACUUUCACAUCAGUUUCAGACAUUAUUCGGUGUUGGUGCCUGAGUUCAAUAUCCAAUAUCUGAUAUCUUGCGAUCAGUUUAAAUGUAAACACUAUCCAUGGCCCCAUUUUCAGUUUGAGCUUCAGCUUCAGCUUAAGUUCUGAUUUGAAGUGACCUGCAUUGCAAUGGCCAUUUGAGUGGCAUGAAUCUGGGGAAUGUUUAGAACACUUGGCACAAAAGCAUGGCAAAUCAAGGCAAUCAAGGCGAAUCCACGGCGCUCCACGACACAGAAACAGACACAAACAGAAACAUAAACAGACACGUUAUAUAAUGUAUUACGAACAUAUAUAUAUAUUUCAAGAGGAAAAACAAAAUGGCAAAUCAACUACACAAAAAGCAAAUAAGAAGAAAUCUUACUAGUCAAAGCUUGAAUAUUUUUUAAUUUAUUCAUUAAUGCAACAAGAACAACAAGAAAAAAAUGAAAAAAGUAUACAUAUAUAAAAAAAAACAACAAAAAAAGAAAAAACAAUUGAUAUUUACACUUAGUGAAGCAAAAAGCAAAACCAAAAAACAAAAAAAGCGAAAAGUAUAAGCGAAGAAAGGAACAAAAAAACAAAAAAGAUGCAAAUGUGUAAGAAAUAAACCCCGUCCUGCAUAAAUAAAAUUAAAUAAAAGAAUAAAAUAAAUGGAAGCGUAUAGAAUAUCAUAAAGUAAAGAAGAUUUACACAAAACUUAAAUGCAAAACAAACAAACAAAGAAAACAAAACAAAACAAAAUACGAGAAAGCAAGAACAACAAAAUUAUAAUGAAAUCGCAUGUGUUUUUGUCGUAGUCUCAUCAUUGAAAACCAAGUGAAAAUAAAUAAUAUAAUAAUAAAACAAAAAGCAAAAAAGAGAAAACAAGUAAAUUGUAAUGAGAAGAAAACUGCAAAUAAGAGCAACAAUUUGUGUAAUUCUUUUAGUCGAACUAUGAUUUUUGGACGAGCAGAAAACUAAGUUGGAGCAAAGUAUAUAAAAAUUUAAAUUUUAAAUGUACUCGAAGACAAUUGUAAUUGCAACAAUAAUUGUACGCUACAUAUACUAUUAUUAAUGUGGAAAUAUUUCAGCAUUCUGUCCUGGCGAUUGAGCCCCGAAAUUUGAUCUUCGAUCGGCGGUCGGCGAUCGGCGAUCGACGAUCUUCGAUUUCUGUCGAUCUAUCCGGUUGGAUAAGUUGGGCAUUAUUACAUUACUAAAGCAGCCGGGGGCGCAAGAGACCCAGGAAAAGCCAGGGAAAGCCAGGAAAAGCCAGGAAAAUUGUAUAAUGUUUCACACAGAGAUCCAAUGAGGGAAAACCAAAAAUAAAACAUAAGAAUGCGGUGGAAAUACAGAACAACAAAGAAAAGAAAAGAAACCAACCAAAAACCAAAACAAUU